AUGUCUUCUUCUGCUGCUUCGAGCUCUUCUGUCCUCGUGGCGUCCUCCUCUACCAUCUCCAAUUUUUUGACUAUCAAACUUGAUCGCACCAAUUUCCCUCUCUGGCGUGCACAGAUCGUUCAUUUGCUUCGCAGUCGUAAUCUUCUCUCUUUUAUUGAUGGUUCUAGCACCUGUCCUGCUGCCUUUCUGACUGAUGCUGAAGGCAAACUCACUAAAUCUGUUAAUCCUGCGUAUGAAGACUGGAUCCAGCAAGACCAACAAGUUCUUUCUUGGUUGAAUUCUUCUCUUUCUUCCACUGUCUUGUCUACUGUUGCUCUGUCGACUUCUGCUUGUACUACCUGGGUUUCAUUGGAAAAACACUACACUUCUCAGUCGCACAAUCAUAUUUUUCAGCUCCGCAGUGAUCUUAUGCGGACUACUCGUGGUGACCUUUCCAUUGCAGCCUAUCUUGACAAGGUCAAUGCUCUCACUGAUACUCUUGCGUUGUCUGGUUCUCCUUUCAACGAUGAUGAUCUUGUCGCCAUUAUUAUGAAUAACGUUGGGCCCAUGUAUGAAACUACUGUUGCUUCUGCUCAAGCUCGUGACACUCCCAUCACCUAUGCUGCAUUGAAGGCUCUUCUCUUAAGUGCAGAACGCCGUCUCCAAUCUCUACCACCUCCGGGUGACACUGGUUCUACCAUUCUUGCUGCCACUCGUGGUCAUGGUGGUUUCCAUGAUCGUGGUUCCUUUUCCCCCCACAGCGGCCGCGGUUUUUCUCGUGGUUCCGGUUCUUCUUCAGGUUUUUCUCCUAGCUUUGGUCGCUGCUUGUCUUCUCAUGCGCCUGGUCUUCUUGGUGCUGCUCCUGGUGGUUCUGUUGGUGCUUCUUCAUCAGCGCCUCCCAAUUUUGCUGCUCCCGGUCGUGUGCAAUGUCAAAUCUGCACCCAUUAUGGUCACUCUGCUAUUGAUUGCUUCAACCGUCUCAAUCUUUACUAUGAAGGCUGA